AUGAAUUCGCUAGUUAAGUUUCGCCCAACCAAUGAGCACCUUUUGGCUCACUACCUCCAGCAGAAAGCAACGGGCGUGUCGUUGCCUCCCGGUCUUAUCGAAGAGUGCAACCUCUAUAGCCAAGAGCCUUGGAGGAUCUUCGACACCACCUUGGAGCAGACGUUCUACAUUUUCACCACGUUGAGAAAGAACAAGUCGAGGGUUUUAAGGACCGCCGGAUCCGGGACAUGGAAAGAGCAGCACGUGAUGAAAAUCCCUGACAUUCUUGGUGAGUGGGUUGGCUACAAGAAGUCCUUCAAGUUUCAAGGUGGACGUAGCUCGAGUGCAACGAGCGGGGGCUGGAUCAUGUACGAGUUCUCAAUGUGCGACGAGAGGUGGAUGGAGCUCAACCCGCCACUUCCCAAGCCGUUAGCAGCAGCGUCGCAUAUGCCGAACAACUUCAGAUGCAAUGACGCAAUUGCCGAUUUACUUGCUCCUAUGGCGACGGUGACGGUGCAAGGAAGCAAUAAUGAUUGGAUUGAGGGGUGGAUGACCACAGAACUAGACUCGGUGGUCCAUUCACUGUGGAUGAGGAUGCGAUGGCAAAAUAUCUGCGACCCCACGUCUCCAGCCUUUGGCAGCAACAUAACCCUCAACUGGCUUCUUACGACCGGCGGGACUGAAGUUCGCUAUGCCAGUUAUUCCCCGAGUUUUGGGUGCAAUCGAGAUGCCAAUGUCCCUCCCACCCUAGUAGAUACCAGCAACACCACUUACCCAGCUUUUGACGACGGUGCAUAUGCAGAUUUACUUCCUAUGACAGCAGAGAAAGUCAAUGAUGACAAUGAAUGGAUUGAUCGCUUGACGGAUAUGGAUAUAGAUCCGGUGGUCGAUGCCGAUUAUCUCUUUGGUUCAAAUUCUUAUGCCAAUCCAUCAUAA